AUGCAGAAUUCAUCCUUUUUUCCAAUUUCUAAUACAACAAUAUCUACCGAUCGAAGAAAUUUUAUUCAUAUUCAUUCAAGAAUCAUCUCGAUUAUUGGUAUUCUUCUUAUACCAAUUGUUCUUAUAUGUUUAGCUAUAACAUAUUAUUUUUAUAAACAACAUCUAAAAACCAAAUAUCAUCAAGAAACUGAACGAAAUAUUAUUCUAGAUAAUGAACAGACAUCGUCUAUUGAUCAUCAUAGUAGUAUUCAAAUAGAUGAAAAUGAUUCUACAGUUAAAUAUCAAUUUAUGCAAUAA